AUGAAAUCAAAUACAAUUUUUUCAUUAUUUAUAUUUAUAAUUAAAUUAAUAAUAAUAAAAAGUUAUACAUUUGAUUCAUCAAUUGAUAAUUUACUUUAUGUAACAAAUACUUCAACAUUAUAUGCAAUAUCUUCAUCACAUUUACAUCAAUUACAUUGGUCAACAAUAAAUGAAACAUUAUUAUUAUUACAUCGACGUGUACAACUUCAUUCAUCACUUGAUAAUACAGAAAAUGGUGUUAGUGUUUUUCUCUAUGAACAAUCACAAAAUUUAUUAAUUAUAUGUUCACGUUCAUUAAUUGGUCGUUGUAUUUUAUAUGAUGCAAAUGAUAUAAGUAGAAUUUAUAUUCUUGAUUCAACAAUUGAAACAAAUUAUCUUGGUUGUUUAUCUGGUUGUUAUACAUUUUUAUCAUCAACAAUAAUUCGUUCAGCUUUAAUAGGAAAUCGUCAUGAUAGAAAUGGAAAUAUAAUUAAUUCACAGAUCGAAUUACGAAAAGAUUUAUUUCAUUAUAAUAUUAAUUAUCAAUUUCAAUCAAGUGAUCAUACAUUAAUAACAUCAUUAACAUUUUUAAAUGAAAAAUUAUCAAAUAUUGAAUAUAUUUAUGGUUUUGAUUAUCAACAAUAUACAUAUUAUAUACUUAAAUCAUCUCGUUUAGCUCGAUUAUGUCAAGCAUCAAUUGUAAUGCGUAUGACAUAUGAAGAAAUUCCAUUAGUUAAUUGUCAACAUAAUUCAUCAUUUAUUACAGGAGCUUUUCAUUCAUUUGAAAACUUUGAUUAUUUAUAUAUUAUUUAUGAGAAUACAAUUUGUAUUUAUACAAUGAAUGAAAUUAUACGUGCAUUUCAAGCAUCAAAAAUUCAGUGUCAAAUGGGCAUUGGUUAUCGUCUUGCUUAUAUUAUCGAUAGUGAUGAAACAAGACCAAUGUGUGAAAAAACAAUUGAACAAAAUUUGACGGAAAUAAAUGAAUGUACAUGGCAACCCUAUCGAACAAAUACAUAUAUGGAUGGAAUUGUAGGUGCUAUAGGAGAAAAAUUUUAUCAAACUAUGGAAACAAAUGUAACGAUUAGAUUCAUUUUUGCACAAGAUAAUAUUGUAAUUAUUGGUACAAGUCAACGACAUGUGCUUAAGUUCAUUCGUCAUAAUCAAACUAUACUUUAUUUUCUUCAUGAAUCAAUCUAUCAUAAUGAACCAUUUAAUAGUCAAUAUGUUGUUGAUAAUGAACAUGAAUCACUUAUAUUUGCUAUUGAUACUGAGCUUCAUCGUUAUGCUUAUAAUUCAUGUUCUCUAUAUGAUACAUGUCAAUCAUGUGUUGGUAGUCGACGUUAUGAUGAUAAACCAUGUAUUUGGUUUGAUGGUAAAUGUUCGUUAUCAUCAAAUUCAUUAAUAAAUGAUUGGGGAUGUCCACCAUCAAUUGAUCAAAUUCAACCAAUGAAUGCAAAUAUAAAUCAAGAACAAAUUACAUUGACUAUAACAGGUUCAUUCGAAGGAAUUCAAGCACAUUUGAUAAAAGUUUUAGUACAAUUUUCUUUACCAAAUCAAAAUGAAUUUUUCUGUACAAUUCAAACGAUAGAAAAUAACAAUUUAACUUGUAAUUUAAUUAUUCCAAAACAAGCAGUUGAAGGAAUUAUUUCAGUUAAUAUUAGACCUAAAAGGAUUUUAUCUAUUGGUGAUACUGAUAUAUCUGGUUUAAUUGAAUAUCCAGACAAAUUUCAUGUUUAUAUACCAAAACCAAUUCUAAUACCAAAUUAUGGUCCAGCUGUUGGUGGAACUAAAAUUCGAAUUCAAAAUUUAAAUUUAAAUUUAAAUUCAACUAUAAAAAUCUUUUUAGGCAAUGCAGAAUGUCAUAUUUCGAAAUAUGAUUAUCCUAUCAAUGAAAUUGAAUGUAUUAAUCAAGCUUGUAUGCAUGAUAGAGAACAAUUAGAAUUAAAUAUUCAAGUUAAUAAUCAUUCAUGGCAAUUAGAAAAAAUAUAUUUUCAAUGUCGAGCUAAUCCAAUUAUAUUGAAUUGGUAUCCAAAAAAAUCGAUUAUAAGUGGAGGAAUAAAAUUGAUUGUAUCUGGUCAAAAUCUUAAUGUUGUACAAAAACCUAUGAUGAAAUUUAUAUAUAAUACAUCAAUUUUGGAAUUUAUAUCAUCAUGUGAAUCUAUUUCAACUUCAGAAAUGAUUUGUAUAUCACCAAUAAUUGAUAGAAAUCUUAAUUUAAUGCCAUCAUUUGAUCUUAAUAUAUUAUUUAUUAUGGAUAAUAUGAAAAUAAUACCGAAUGAUGAUAUUUUAAUUAUUGUUAAUGAUCCAAUUUAUUAUUCAUUUGUAAAUUCUAUACAAGAAAUUAAUUCGACAAAUAUUAUUCGAUUUGAGGGUUCAAAUCUUAUAGCAACACAUUCAAUUGAUCAAAUCGAUAUACGAAUAGAUAAUAUUAGUAAUGCUUGUAUUCCAUUUAAUUUUACAGAUACUCAACUUUUAUGUUUAUUAUCUAAAUUUACUAUUAAAAAUAUUAAAAAUUCUCAAGCAAAUGUUGAAAUUCAUGUCGGAACUAAUUUAAUAUUUUCAAUUGGAAAAAUUUUAUUUCAAAAUCGAUCAUCAACAUCAGUUAUUCCAUAUAUAUCACUUCAAUUUGGUUCAUGGACAAUUUUAAUUCUAUUAAUUAUUUUUUCAAUAACAAUUUUAAUUAUUUUAUUUACAUUAGUAAUUUUAACACGUCGUCGUUUUUAUCAAGCAUCUGAACAAUUUCAAAAAGAAAUAAAACCACCACAACAUUUUCAAACAAUAUGGUGUGAACUUGGUAAAACUAGACAAAUUAAUCGAAAAAAUCUUAAUAUUUAUGAAAAAAUUGGUCAAGGUUGUUUUGGUGAUGUUUAUCGAGGUGAAUUAAAACAAUAUAGAAAUAAAUCCAUUGAAGUUGCUAUUAAAGUUUUACGUGAUCAUAAUAUUUCAUCAAUGCGUGAAUUUUUAUUUGAAGCAAAUCGUAUGAAAGAUUUUUCUCAUCCAAAUAUACUUUCAUUGAUUGGUAUUUCAUGGGAUCCAACACAUAAAGCAAUGGUACUUUUACCUUAUAUGAAAAAUGGUGAUCUACGAAGUUAUUUAAUAAAUGAAAAAAAUCGUCCAACUAUAAGACAAUUAAUAACAUGGACUAUUCAAAUAGCUGAUGGAAUGGAAUAUCUUGCUUCAUUAAAAUUUGUUCAUCGAGAUUUAGCUACAAGAAAUUGUAUGUUAGAUGAACAAUUAAUAUGUCGAAUAUCAGAUUUUGGUCUUAGUCGAGAUGUAAUUGAUCGAGAUUAUUAUAUUGUACCAACAACAACAAAAGACAAUAAUGGAAAAACUUUACAAAUAACACCAAGACGUUUACCAAUUCGAUGGUUAAGUCCAGAAUCUAUUGAAUCAUCAAAAUAUACAAUUCAAUCUGAUGUGUGGUCUUUUGGUGUUCUUCUUUGGGAAUUAAUGAGUCGCGGUAGAACACCAUAUUCAGGUAUUGAUAAUGCUGAUAUAUAUACUUAUAUAAAACAUGGUUAUCGUCUUCAACAACCUACAUAUUGUCCUCAAUUAUUAUAUAAAUCAGUAAUGAUUGUCUGUUGGAAUGCUGAUCCAUCUCAACGUCCAUCAUUCACACAACUUGCUCAUGAUAUUCGUCAUGUACUUCAUCAACUUGAAUUAGAACAACAACGAAAACAGUCAUUAUCAGUUGAUGAUGAUGAUGAUGAUACAACUAUUAUUCAACGAUAUCCAAUUGAUAGAAAAAUAAAACAUUUAUCAUCAACAUCUUUAUCAUCAAUGUCUAGUAUUGGUGGACAAUAUAUAACUACACCUCAUAGACAAUCAGAAAAUGUACAAUUAUUAAUUGAUCGACAAGAAGAUAAUGAAGAUGCAUAUACUAUAACAAUUAAUGAAAGUGCUGAUGUUUUCAGUACAACUAGAUUAUUACCAGAAUAUACAGAAACAAGCAUUGUAGAAGAUACUUAA